AUGCCACUGGAAACUUUACCUGCGAAUAUUUAUUCUGAUACGGCAUCGCUUGCAGACUCUAUCGUUAAGGAAACGAAGUCACUUAUAGAAGAUGCAAUUGCUCUGGAAUUAGAAGGAAUAAGGCACAUUAAUGCUGAUUCGCAAGAUAAACCAGAAGAACAGGUGAAAGAAAACAUUGAGACAAAAAAUAUAAUAAAACAAGUUAACAGAGUAAUUUGUAAUAAACUUGCAGACAAAAUACCACACAUUUUAUCAGCACAGACUGAUUAUGAACCGCGGCAUGAAGCAUUUUGGUUUGUCGGAGGUAUUAAUGUUCCAUACAAUGUUGUAAAAUGGAGAAAACAGUACAAAUGGUUAAAAGACCGGCUUCUGGAACCCAUAGACAGGCCCGUACAAUAUACUGGAACACCAGUUCUUUCAAUAAGAAGUCAUUUGCCUCUGCAGCCGAUCCUGCCAUAUGAGGAAGCAACAAAUCCUGAAUUUAAAGUACCAAAAUUCUCUUAUUUUCCCGAAACUGUUGGCUACAACACGCAAUUUAGGCAUGGAACAAAUAUUCCAGGUUUUUGGCCUGGUGACCAUGAUGAGUUUGGUUUGAUGUCUUACCACAGUCGCGAUCAUAUUGUAUCGAGAAAGAAGUCAUUUGGACCAGAAGAUAAUCUAGACGCAUUGCAUUCUAGUUCCACGAGAUGCGGAAGCGUCGCCGUACGCAACAGGACUCCCUGC